AUGCACAUCGGUAGAGGAGGACGUCGCGGCGGGAGGUUUGGUCCUCCCGGUGGUGGUGGCGGCGGAUUUCCAGCUCGCUCUCCAGUUUUCGACAUCAACACGUGCUCUUCUGACAUAUUCAGUGCUUCAGGGGAAGAUGAAUCUUACCUUAAUGAGGUUUGGAAACACUUCUUCGAUUUUUUUAAUUAUGAAAUUGUGUAGGCGAUUUCGGAAAAAGGCGCUCAAUUGUCGUUGGCAGAGGCGAGUAAAACUGCGUUGACGACGUUCACGAAAAAAGUCAAGGAAACGAUUGAGAAAAUCAAGACGGACAAUGUACUUCCAGAAUUGGUAAUCCUUUGUUUUCUGUUCUUGUGUUAAUUGAUGUUACUUGAGAAAAUCGAGGAGGUUCACAUCGUUGGAUCUUUGGCUAAGGACACAGAUUUUUUUCGCUCCAGUGUUUCUGAUAUCGCAGUGGUUUUGAGAUCUCUUCCUACAGGUAUCAAUAUUCAUCUUAUUUGUAAAAAAUUUUAUCCAGUCGAGUCAACGAUGGAGUUGGGAGAAAAAGUUGUACAGGAACUUCGCAAGGAAGACGACAAAGAAGGUGAGAUUUCCAGGAUUUUUUUUCUGUUCAAAACAAAUUUCUUUCAGUGAUAUCUUUCUACCAACGAGAGUUUGGCUGCCAAAUCACGUCGUUGAAUGCACAGGUGAGUUUCUUCGUUCGAAAAAAGAAGAAGAACACUUUUAAGGUCAAAAUUCUAGUCACGACAUUGCCUGAAAACUCCAGCAAGCUCGAGCCUGACCUUCAUCGUUUGUUUUUUUUUCAUAUAUUUUUGAUUUUUGCUUUUGAGUGUCCGAAAAGAGUCUGAUGAUUAACUAUUUCUCAAUCCGACAUGCGAAAUGGUUCGCAGAAGUCAACUCCCAGUAUCAUUUGAGGGUUCGUGAUAUCUUCAAUUUCUUAAAGAAUCGUUUAAAAAAAGUUUAGUAGAGUAUGUAAUCACUAACAUUUGUUUCUUUGUAUUUAAAUUUUUUUGUUCAUAUAUCGGAUCAAUGAUUUUAUCCUAUUAUAGAAAAAUAAAUGAAUUUUGAAUUUGAGAGAUAUUUUACGAUAUUGGUAAGACAAUUUUUUUUUUCUUUAAAGCGAAAAAUCAAGUGUGUAGUUAAUUACUUGAAUAGGAAGUUUCUUUUUGAAUUUAUUUCGCGAAUAUUUUCUUCAUGCUUAGUUCACUUAAAAGUUUGGCGUCUGGAAAUAAACGAAAAAGAAGAAAAUAUCUCGAAAGAUAUCCGGUUACCGAUUGAUUCCGAAAAUGAAUGAAAGACGAAAAAGAAAUUGUAGGAUAUCAUCACUGGGUGAAAAAUCGAAGUGAUAUCAUGUUCAUAUGAAAUACCCAAUCUCUAAUUCACUCGAAAAGGUUUUCAAGGAUUUGGUUCGAGUCUUGAAAGACGUGCGUCAGCGACACGUGGGUCUGCACCCGCUCUCCGUUUGGGCUCUAGAGCUUCUGGUAAUUCUUAAGCAGACUCUUAUAUAUUGAAACCUCACGCUUCAGUCUCUUUACUGCGUGACCAGUACUCAAAACCGUCAGCCGCUGUCUUUAGGACAUGCCUUUAGAAGAAUUAUCCAAGUCAUCGCUACUGGAAUUUUCCUCCACGGUGCACCGCCACUCGUUGAUCCGACUAAUCCCCUCCGAAUCGCUUUUGAUCUCACUCUCCCAGAAAUGGUAGGCGAACUCAAUUUAUUGAAAUAAUAUAUAUCUGGAAUUCCUUCCUAAUUCAACCUAUUCAGACCAAAGUUAUGGUCCCCAGUUCUGAAAAAAAGCGUUCCGGUUAUUAUUAUUUUUUUCUUUUUUUAUUCUUAUUUAGCCCGUCUCAAAAAUCUUUUUUUUUUUUUCACCAUAACCAGAUUUUUUUCACUGAAAAAAAGUUAACUGUAGGUAAUACAACAAAUAAAAACCAAAAAAAAUUUAAUUUAUUUAAUUUUUUUUUGAUGUGUUCCACCUCAAGCUCUAACCAGAAAUCACUAUGUACUGACAAUAAGACCUCGCAUAAGCUCAAACAUUUCCGGUGAAAAUAAAAGAAAAUCAAGAUCUUUUAAAGGUGAAGAAAAAAACCGAUCUUCAAAGACUUUUCGAAAGAUUUCUGAAAUCUCAAAAUUUUCCACAAGUUGGCUCCAAAGUUUGUAAACUCAGCUUUUCAAUCAGCGUUAAUGAAUCAAAGCUAGAGAUUCUUGUUUAUUCUGAAUUCGCACUUUGAGUUUAGACCGUAUUCUUGUAAGUAAAUGUUUUUGAGUCUCAACGUUUAGAUCCUACAUCAGUCGAACCGAAAAGUUUUGUUUUUUCAUUGCAGGACGUCGUCUGCCUGACGGCUCACACUCUGUUGCGCAUAAUGAACAGCGGACCUCGAGGAUUCCGUGCCGUCGUCGGCUUGGACUCUGUCUACGCCAACGAAGGUUCCCCAGAAGACUCGUUCCGGCUUCAGAUUAAGUCUCUUCAGAUCUCACCAAAGAACCAAAGAUUUGGGACGGCGUUUUGAUUGCUCCUGGUCAGCCAGUCUUCUCCGAAGAAUGCAUGACGCCCAUGUUCAGCGAACAGGACGAGGCUCUCGCCGACAAGAUGGGUGCCGUCACCACCCAUUGA